AUGAACAUCACCAUCACUGCCAGAAGUUUCCCCGUGCCCCUUGGUGGAGCCUUCAAACCUCCCUCUCAUCCUGCCCCUGUUGCCAGGCGUGGGCCUCUGAAGAGCAGCCUCAGUUCCCAGAGCUCAGAUGGUGAGUUGCAUGAGAGACCCUCCACCUCUGCUGUGAGCUGCUUGAAGGGCACGUGCACAUGUGGCAUCCGUAUGUCCAGCCGCAAUGCCAUUUCCAGUUCCUACAGCUCCACUGGAGGCAUCUCUCAGCUCUGGAAGAGGCGGUGUCCCAGUGCCUCACCCUUCUCCAGACCAGCCUUAUCCCACUCACAGACACCAGAGAGGCCAGCAAAGAAAAUAAGAGAAGAGGACGUUUCUCAGGAAGCUGGCUCUUCCGCUCCGCCGGUAGACAAGGAGUCCCAGGGAGAACAGGAAACGGCCUCGAGCUCCAUCACGGAGAGCCCCCCUGCCACUCCACCGGCUUCAACUCUCGUCCUGCCCGCUGCUGGGACUGCUGCUUCCUCAGCCUCCCCCCCAGCCCCACUGACUAACCCGCAGUUUCUCCCCAAGUACAUCAUCUUCCUGAAGAACCCGAACCCCCUGGGCCUACCAUCUUUCCCAGACUCCAGGUCCACAGCCACUUUCUCGGGGCUGACCCCUGCCUCUCCCGCAAUACCAGCCUAUGAUGCCACCAAGUCACCUCUGGCCUCUCAGGCUGAGACAUCUGCCAAACCCCAGGCCCUGCCUGCCCCAGGCCCCACUCUGAAGCCCAGUGUUCCAUUUGGAAACCGAAGCCCACCUGCUAACCCUUCUGCCUCGGCAGCUCCUGCUGUGCCUUCAGCACGUCCCAUGUUCAAGCCCAUCUUUGUGGCUCCACCUAAAAGUGGGAAUGAGGGUCCUGUGCCAUUCAGCCGUUCCCAUGUCACAACGGUGGCAUCUUCCAGCUCUGCCCCCACCCCGACUACCAGCAGCCUCCCCACUUUCAGUCCUGUUUUUAGCAGCACAGGGCUACCUACAUCUUUGCCCUUGUCAACUCCUUUUCUACAGACGACAUGAGGCACUAGCACAAAUGCCUGUCUGUUCCCUGGCCAGGCCAGUGUUAGUGUCCCCUCAGCAGCGGCUUGGGGGACCACCACCGGCACAGAUGCAGACUCCACCCAGAAGCCUGUCUUUGGCUUUGGUGCGAGCAUUGUGACCAGCACUGUGAGCAGCAUGACCAGCUCCACUACUUUCACUGCCCAGCCUGUUCUCUUUGGUCACCCUCUUGCCUCUGGGGCCAUCUGCCCAGCCAUGGGCUCCAUACUCCAGUUUGGCAGGCUGGCCACACCUGCUCCAACAACAGCCAUCACAUUUGGCCAGUCCCUGCCUGGCAUAGUCCAGACAGCUGCUGGUAGCAGUACUGCCAGUUUUGGUGGCUUCGGUGGCACCCUCACGACCUCCGCCCCUGUUGCCCCGAGCCAGUCUGCACUGACAUUCAGCAGCACUGCCACCCCAGCCUUCAAUAUCCCCUUUGGUUCUGGCACCAGGCCCCCCAUUCCUUCCUAUCCUGGAGUCACCCCACAGCCCAUGUUCGGGGCCACUGAUGGACAGCAGAUGGGGGCUGCCAAGCCAGCCCUGUCCCCCAGCUUCAGCAGCUCCUUUCCUUUUGGAAGAUCAGCAGCCGUGGCUCCACCUGUUUGGGAGCACCAUCUCAUCGCCUUCACAUCUGGGGUGUCAGCAGGCCCCACUGGCAGUGGGGGCUUUGGGAUGAGUGUGCCUGCCCCCCACAGCAUCUCCACCACUGGGGUGUUCAGCUUUGGCGCAGGACAGAGUGGGAGCACUGGCAGCACGGCCCCUUUCUUGGGAGGCUUGAGUCAGAACUCCCUGGGUGCAGCUGGCCAGAGCACACCCUUUCCCUUCCACGUGGCUGGCACACCUCAGAACAUGUCUGUGUUUGCAGCCACCACCUCGGGCUUUGGAGCUACAACUCAGACCACCAGCAGCGGGACCAGUAGCUCAGUGUUUGGCAGCACCAUCUCAUCGCCCUUCACGUCCAAGGUGUCAGCAGGCCCCGCUGGCAGUUGGGGCUUUGGGAUGAGCGUGGAUGCCUCCCACAGCAGCUCCACCACUGGGGUGUUUGGCUUUGGUGCAGAACAGAGUGGGAGCACUGGUGGAACGGCUCUGGGAGGCUUGAGUCAGAACUCCCUGGGUGCAGCUGGCCAGAGCACACCCUUUCCCUUCCACGUGGCCGGUACGCCUCAGAACACGUCUGUGUUUGCAGGCACAUCCAUACCCACCUUUGGUCAGAACACCCCUGCCCCUGUUGUGGGUGCAUCAGGCAUCAGCCUCUCCACUGGGGCAUCCUCAGCACCUGCCCAGGGCUUUGCUGGACCUGGAACCUUUGGGUGUGAUCCCUCAAGGAAGAGGCUAAGAGAGAUGUGACCUCACUGGCAGUCAGUCACCACUGAGGAGCAGGGAGGGAGUGGAGGCCUGGGACUGCUGAAUGCCUAACUCUGGAG